AUGGAGUCGCUAAAUAGUUUCAGGGACAUGUCUGGGCUCGUUCCCAGCUUGAGCAAAAGCACUUCGUUCUUCUGUAAUGUCCCAGCUCGAGUAAAGAACCAGAUCUUGUCCUUAGUUCCGUUUCCAGAGGGAGCGUUGCCUAUUAAAUAUCUUGGAGUGCCGCUGAUUGCUUCUAGAUUGCUUAAAAGUGAUUGCAAGGUGUUGGUUGAGAGGAUUGCUAAGAGGCUUUUAGAUUGGAAGACAAAGUUCUUAUCUUUUGCAGGGAGGCUCCAGUUGGUUAACUCAGUUUUAGCGGCUAUGUAUUCUUAUUGGGCUGCUGUUUUCUGUCUCCCAGCUAGUAUCAUCAAAAGCAUAGAGAGGAUUAUGAAAGAUUUCCUGUGGAGUCACGGAUCUUUGGGUUCGAAAAGAGCGAAGGUGGCGUGGAAGGAUGUUUGUCUCCCUAAGUCUGAAGGGGGGUUGGGUAUUAGAAAGGUUUCGGAUGUUAACAAGUCGUUAAUGACCUUUCAUAUCUAUAGUAUUGUCUCGGGUCGGAAAUCGUUGUGGGUGGAAUGGAUUCAGGCUCACCGGCUUCGAGGUAGGAGUUUUUGGGACAUCAAGGUACCGCAAAGCUCAACUUGGGGUUGGCGGAAGCUUUUGUCGUUCAGGAGUUUGGUCCGCAAAUUUUUUUGGAAACAAAUUGGUAAUGGUGAAUCUACGUCUUUAUGGCAUGAUACUUGGUGCAACCAAUGCCCGCUCAGCCGUUAUAUCUCUACCAGAAACAUGUAUCAACAUGGUUUUUCGAUCUUUUCUAAAGUAGCCGAGGUUGUGCAUAAUGGCAUGUGGUCGUGGCCGGAGGCAUGGCGGGACCUUUUUCCGGUUUUAUUCCAGCUGAAUCCGAUCUAUAUCGUUCCAAACAAGCAAGAUGUCACGCUUUGGAGAUCUGAUGGAGGUAAACUCAUGUCGUUCUCGUCUAAACAGGUAUGGGAAGCUAUUCGUGCUCGAGGUCAAGAAACGACAUGGUCAAAGAUUGUGUGGUCGGGUUGUAAUAUUCCGAGACAUUCUUUUCAUUGCUGGCUGAUCUUUAGAAGGAAAUUGUGGACCCAAGAUCGGAUUCAAAAAUGGAAUUAUCUCACCAGUGGCUCUAUGAACAUGAUGUGUUGUUUGUUGUGUCAACGGGAACUAGAAUCGCAUGAACAUUUGUUUUUCCAAUGUUCUUACUCCUCUUCAGUUUUGGAUGCUAUCAAGGAUAAGUCUAGUAUGAAGAUGGUGCCUAACAAGUGGGUUGACAUUGUUGGAUGGCUACUACCGAAAGCGACAUCAAGGUCCCUAAAUUCGGUUAUUGGUAAACUUCUUAUCAAGGCGACUGCGUAUUUUGUUUGGCAAGAAAGAAAUUACAGGUUUUUCAACAACCAGUUAAGACCGCCUGAGGUGUUAAUAAAUAUCAUUAAUGACAACGUGAGGCUGAAGUUAUUAUCAUUCAACUACAAGGAUAAGCCGCAUGUGAGGAAAAUCUUGGAAGAUUGGAAGCUGAGCUCCGUUGAGUUCUUCGGCGAGACCUGA